AUGACCUCGUCUGCAGCCUUCUCCAUGAGCCGUCUGCGCUUAGCCCCGAAUGUUCGCGUCUCAAGAUGUACGGUCGUGGCGCAAGCGUCCAUGACCUCGACCCGCUCCUUGGCUUCAUCUUCUCUGCUGCGCAAAGAUGGCAAUGAACCUCAAGGUCAUUUGCCCGGCCAUCCAUCCUCGGUGUUUCUCACGUCGCUCAAUGACAGCUUCUUUGACAGCGUCAAGCCGAAAACCCUGUCUGGCAACAAGAACUCCCAAGGAGGCAUCCCCACGUAUCGACUCAUGGAUGGUGUCGGACGUCUCUUGCCCGGUGUCACCCAAGAAAUGAUCAACAUCACCCAACAAGAAGCAGUCAAGAUGUACCGCACCAUGCUGCUUCUUCCUCAAAUUGAUGUCAUUCUAUACAACGCGCAGCGCCAAGGUCGAAUUUCCUUCAUGAUGACUUCGUAUGGCGAGGAGGGAGCCGUGAUCGGAAGUGCUGCUGGUUUGGACGCCAAAGACGAAGUGUUUGCACAGUACAGAGAGUCGGGUGUGUUGCUGUGGCGCGACUUUUCGAUCGAUCAUUUCAUGUCGCAGGUGUUUGGUGCCGAGGAUGAUCUGUGUGGUGGAAGACAGAUGCCGAUCCACUUUGGCAGUACCCAGCACCACUUCCAUACCAUCAGCAGUCCUUUGGCUACGCAGAUUCCGCAGGCUGCUGGUGCCGGCUACGCGCUGAAAAGGACCAAGGGAAGGGAGGGCAACGUGGUCAUCUGCUACUUUGGCGAAGGAGCAGCGAGCGAAGGUGAUUUUCAUGCGGGCAUGAACCUUGCCAGCACCACGAGCAGCCCUGUCAUCUUCUUCGUACGCAACAAUGGCUUUGCGAUCUCCACGCCAGCUGCCGAGCAGUUCCGCGGAGACGGUAUUGCAUCUCGAGGCCCAGGCUACGGCAUGCUCACCAUCCGUGUUGACGGCAACGACGCACUCGCCGUCCGCUCCGCCGUGCAAGCAGCCAAAUCCAAGGCGCUUUCUGAACAGCGACCCGUGCUGAUCGAGGCUAUGACCUACCGCGUCGGUCACCACUCGACCUCGGACGACUCUUCGGCCUACCGCUCCAAACAGGCAGUCGAAAGCUGGAAGCAGAUGGACAAUCCUCUACACCGCAUGCGAAAUUACCUCACCGACCGUGGCUGGUGGAAUGACGAGCUGGAAGAGGAAACCAAAGCUGGUCAUCGCAAGAAGGUGAUUGAAGCCAUGGCUAGAGCCGAGAAGAAGAAGAGGCCCAAGCUGAGCAGUCUCUUUGAGGGAACGUAUCGAGGCGAGUUGCCAUCGAACCUCAAGCAACAACGCGCCGAGCUCGCUGAGCUGCUCGAGAAAUACGGCUCGUUGCCCUCUUGGUCCAAGGAGAUCGCCAAGCAUGCGCAUGCGGGUAAGGAUAUGGAACAGUACCGCGAGAAGUAG